UGAAAUAAGUAGAGGCCUGGAAGCUAGUUGAGGAUGUUGUGCUUGUGAAGGGUGGGGAUUGGGAUAUUCUUCCACCAGAUUUGGCAUGUUUGGAAGAGCAUCUGACAUUGCUAAGAUUCCUUUAUAUAUUCCUAAGUUUAUAAAGAAAGAGUACUUGAUUAAUUUAUAUUUCAUCACACAGUUAUUAAAACCAUCUGAGGUUCCUGUGCCUCUUUGUUUCCUCUUGACUUGUUCAGAACAAAAACAAGAACAUAUCAGUGCCUUUUUCCAAGUAUAAUGGGGGCUUGAACCUAUGAUGGUAUGACCUCAACCACCAGUCUUGUCCAGUUGUGCUUUAGAAUUAAUAAACUGGAGACUUGUUUAUAUUCGACCUACCCACCUACCUUUCCCCACCAGCAGCCUUUUCGGUGACAAGGAUGAGUUGGGCAUUCCCAUCAAAUCACCCCCGAAGUGCGAUCCUAUCAGGAGAUGUUGUGAUAGACACUAAAAUCAAGCCACUCCUGGUUCCUCUUGGAGAGUGAUUGCAGAAGAACAAGGAGAGGAAUCAUGGAGUCUAUACCUCUUCUGAGUCCUCGUGAAACUGGAAGGUUCAGGUUUUUGCACAGAAUUGUGCUGGCACCUUUAACAAGAAACAGAUCAUAUGGCAAUCUUCCACAAUCACAUGCCAUACUGUACUACUCACAGAGGGCUACAGAGGGGGGUUUUCUGAUUGCUGAAGCCACAGGCGUGUCAUCUGAUGCUCAAGGGAUGAGUUUAUUUCCGCACACCCCAGGGAUAUGGACCAAGGAACAAGUUGAGGCCUGGAAACCUGUUGUGAAUGCGGUGCAUGCUAAGGGUGGAAUAUUCUUCUGCCAGAUUUGGCAUGUAGGAAGAGUAUCUGAUAUGGAGAAAGAGCCCAUCUCAAGCACAGAUAAGCCAGUGGAAAAGAAUGAAGAUGACCACAUGGACUUCCCCAUCCCAAGAUGCUUAACUGUAGAAGAGAUCCCCGAUGUAGUCAAUCACUUCAGAGUUGCUGCAAGAAAUGCUAUGGAUGCUGGUUUUGACGGGGUUGAAAUCCAUGGUGCCCAUGGCUUCCUCAUUGAGCAAUUCAUGAAAGAUAGUGUCAAUGAUCGUAUUGACAAGUAUGGAGGCAGCCUGCAGAACCGCUGUCGAUUUGCGCUUGAGGUAGUUGAAGCUGUGGUGGCUGAGGUUGGGUCUGACCGUGUAGGGAUCCGCCUCUCUCCUUAUGCCAACUACGUUGGCUGCCAUGACUCGAACCCAGAUGCAUUAGGUCUGUACAUGGCAAAGGCACUGAAUAAAUUUGGAAUUCUCUAUCUUCACAUGGUUGAGCCCCGGAUGAUCACAGUUGGUGAAAAAACUGAAACUCCACGUUGUCUUCGCCCCAUGAGGGAUGCUUUUGAGGGAACAUUCAUCGCAGCUGGCGGUUAUGAUGAUUUAACUGCAUAUGGGCGUUGGUUUUUGUCCAACCCUGACCUUCCUCAAAGAUUUGGAUUAGAUGCUCAUCUCAACAAGUACAACAGAAGUACUUUCUACACCCCUGAUCCAGUUACCGGAUACACUGACUACCCAUUUCUUCAGUUAGGGGAUAAAGAAGCCAAAUUUAAGCUCGUGCUACCCAAGCUUAUUAUCCCGAACUGGGCCAGCAAUUCCGGCCCAAAUCUGUUCCAAAAUCGAGAAGAAGAAAAGGAGGUCGAUCAUCAUCGGAGCAGCAAGAAGAUGGGUGACGACAAUGGCGAAGCGGGCAAGGACGCCGCCACGAUCCCUAUCCUCACUCCCUACAAGAUGCCCUACACCGAGCACAUGGGCGCGGCGGACUCGGACCCGGACGCGCUCGGCCUGCACAUGGCGCGCGCGCUCGGCGGCAUGGGCGUGCUCUACCUGCACGCCGUCGAGCCGCGCAUGGUGCGCCCCUACGAGCGCGGGGAGACACGGCGCAGCCUGCGGCCGAUGCGGGACGCGUUCAAGGGGACGUUCAUCGUCGCCGGCGCGUACACGAGGGAGGACGGCAGCCGCGCGGUCGCCGACGGGUACGCCGACCUGGUGGCGUACGGGCGGCUGUUCCUGGCGAACCCGGACCUGCCCCGGCGGUUUGAGCUGGACGCGCCGCUCAACAAGUAUGACAGGAAGACGUUCUACACGUCGGACCCGGUGAUCGGGUACACGGACUACCCGUUCCUUGAUGAUCUUCCCAAGUGAAGGUGUCUGCUGGAAUAUAUACCGUUUUAUAGGUCUACACGUUAUAGUACAAUAAUGGUUUGACACGCAACACCUACAAUGAUUCCAUCAGUUAUGCGUCUGUAAAUUAAAUGUGUCUUGCCAAAGAAAAAGAAUCUUUUUUGCGAAACAAAGAAAAAGAAUCUAGUAUCCA